AUGAAUGCGCGUCCUCUUGUCUUGAAUUAGGUUUUACUAUUACCCCCACUCCAGGUUGUUUAAAAUGCACGACAGGUGCAGCGGGUCAAAUGAUGGGCGGGCCGAGUCUCACAUCUAUAAAUCACACUAAUGGCACACUAUUACCCUUGUCAUGUUUUUAAGGUGGAUACGUGUAGUUUCAAUGUGGCUGGUGUAUGUUUAAACAGGGGUUGUGGGCUGUAUUUGACCAGCUGAGGUAGUUUGAUGAGAUAUUGAGACGAUGAGCAGCGGUACGCCCUACAUCGGCAGUAAGAUCAGUUUGAUCUCUAAAGCUCAGAUUCGCUAUGAGGGAAUACUAUACACGAUUGACACCGAUAACUCCACUGUGGCCCUGGCGAAAGUGAGGUCUUUUGGAACGGAGAGUCGUCCUACAGAUCGGCCUGUACCACCGAGGGAUGAAAUAUUUGAGUACAUAAUCUUCAGGGGUAGUGACAUCAAGGACAUCACUGUCUGUGAGCCUUUGAAAAUCCACCAUAGUCUUCCUCAGGACCCUGCCAUUGUUCAGUCAUCUGUUGGGACAUCCAUGCACUACACCUCACAGGGUGGCUUCAGUCCUUACAGAAGCAUGUUGCCCUCAUACAGUCAGUUGGCUGCGAGCUCUCUCCUCAGUCAGCAGUAUGCAGCAGCUCUGGGCCUGGGAUCAGGUCUGCAUGGUGUUCCUGUGAGGAGAGGCCAGAUGGUUGAACAGGCCGUUCAGACGGUACCCGCAGAAAAAACUGCACAGAAAAAAGGUUUGACUGGAGCGCAGCAGGGCAGAGAAGCAGGCCGACUGCAGCGAGGCGGCAGAGGACCCCAGUCCCAGGGAGGAGCUACUUUCAGCAAUGGGUCCACUAUGCAGCAAGAAGUCUUGCAGGCACAGAGUCAAGCUAAUGAUGAGAACAAGCCACCAACCAGUAGGAGAAAACUGGGGACAAGAAGGUCCAGGAAUCGAGGUCAAAUCCUUGCAGGCAAUACAAAGCCCAGCACCCUGCAGUUUGAAUCUGACUUUGAUUUUGAAAUGGCAAAUGCUCAGUUUAAUAAAGAUGACCUUGAAAAGGAGAUUCAAGACCAGCUGAAUAUUCAAGACUCUAAAGAGAUCCUGGAAGAGGGAUGCGAGGAGCAGAAGAAGCAAGCGAAUGAGAGCACCAUUGAGGAGGACCCACUUGGCCCCAAAUGCUUCUACAACAAAGCAAAAUGCUUCUUUGACAACAUCUCCUCAGAACUCAAGUCAAGACGCACCACAUGGGCUGAGGAGAGAAAGCUUAAUUUGGAGACCUUUGGGGUGCCUGGCCGGUAUCUGAGGGGCCGUGGCAUUCAGGGUGGUUACCGAGGGCGAAGGGGCAGAGGGGCUGUGCAGCAUCUUCCUCAAAGAGCAGGGAGUGGACGGCUGUGAAAAUGGAUGUGAGUGCAUAAACAAAAAGGGGGAAAAAAGUCAUCGUAUUCAGAGGAAUUUUCUUUCUGGAGCCUAUGGCUUUCAUUUAAUUUGCCGUUUUUGUUGCCUUUUCAUCCAGAUCCAUGAUGCCUCAGGAAUGGUGUGAUCUAAAAAUUGAGUCUAAUUGUGUAUAUAAAGAUUUGAUUGUCAAGCCCCUAAAGGCAAACUGAAUGUUACUUUCAUUUGUUGCAAUGGUUUUUUUUUUUUUUUUUUAUAUAUAUAUAUAUAUAUAUAUAUAUAUAAUACCUGAAGAACCCUGUGAUUGCACUAAAAAUGUAAAUGCACCUUAGAAGCCUUCAGUAAUUUGCAUUCAAAAACUUUUAUUUGUAUGUUUAAUGAAUUGACUAAACAAAAAAAAUUAUUCAGACUGACUAUGUUAGUGGUAUGGCAAGUGAUCCCCCAAACAAAUUCCUAUGUUAUUAAUAUUUUUUUAUUUAUAUAUGCAUGUAAGGGAUCUUGUACUUUAAAGUUAAUAAACAUAGGAAAUUACCAUUUA